AUGUCCAUCCACCUGCUGAACAAGAAGGCGGACAGCCUCCGCUCCACGAACGUGCUGCUGACAAACAUCAACGCGAGCAAAGGGAUGUACGAAAUAAUCAAGAGUAACCUAGGUCCCAAGGGGAGUUACAAAAUGCUGGUAAGUAGCUCGGGGGCGAUUAAAAUUACGAAGGAUGGUAAUGUGCUGCUUAACGAAAUGAUGAUUCAGCACCCAACUGCUAGCAUGCUCAGUCGAAUAUGUUCGUCCAUCGAUGAGACCUUAGGAGACGGAUCCAGCAGCAACCUCAUCGUAGCGACAUCGUUAAUAUACCUAUCGGAGAAGUACAUUCUGUACGAGAGUAUCCAUCCACGUAUCAUCACACAGGGAUUCGACCAAGCUAAAGCAACUCUUCUGAAUGUAUUGGACUCGAUGAAAAUACCGAUAAACAUAAAGGAGCACUUCGACAAAGAGCUACUAUACAACGUCGCGAAGACGUGCGUUCGAACCAAGUUACCAGUCGCACUAGCUGAUAAAUUAGCAGAUGAUUUAGUGGAGAGUAUCAGAAUUAUUUAUAAUCCUGAGAAGCAAAUAGAUCUACAUAUGAUCGAAAUAGUGGACGUGAAAAAAAAUAUGAGCAUAAAUACCAAGUUGGUUAGAGGUAUGGUCCUGGACCAUGGAUGUAGGCACCCUAAUAUGCCGAACAAACUAACCAAAUGCUUCACCCUAGUGUUGAAUGUCAGCUUGGAGUAUGAAAAAAGUGAGGUGUUCUCAUCCUUUGUUUAUUCCAAUGCAGAAGAUAGAGACAAGCUAGUAGAAUCGGAGAGGAAAUUCACAGAUGAUAAGGUGAAAAAAAUUAUCGAGUUGAAAAAAAGCAUUAUAGAAAAAAAAUUUAAAGAAACGAACGAAGUGUAUAAUUUUGCUGUAUUUAAUCAGAAAGGAAUCGAUCCUAUUAGCCUGGACCUAUUGGCUAAGGAAAAUAUCAUGGCUUUGAGACGAAUUAAAAGAAGGAACCUAGAACGCAUAGUCCUAUGUUGUGGUGGAAAUGCAUGCAACAAUGUAUACGAUUUGACGGAGGAAGAUGUAGGAUUUGCAGGACUGGUAUACGAGAUUUGCAUUAACGAUGAGAAAUACACCUUUAUUGAAGACGUCGUUAACCCUAAGAGCUGUACUCUGUAUAUUCAAGCCCCAAACGAUUACACCAUUAAGCAAAUAAAGGAUGCUAUUCGAGAUGGACUUCGAAGCAUAAAGAACUCUAUCGAAGAUGAGUGUGUCAUUUCUGGGGCGGGGUCUUUUGAAAUUAUGGCGUAUUGUAAAUUAAAAGAGGAGGAGAAAAAGAUGAGAGGGAAACAAAAAUUCUCAUUUGAUGUUUAUGCCAAUAGUUUGCUCAAUAUUCCAAAAAUUCUGCUGGAGAAUAGCGGUCUCGAUAUUCACGAGACGUUGUUCAAUGUGAUCGACAAAUACAUGGCUGACCAGUCCGAACCCCUGGGCCUCGACUUGGAUACUGGCGAGCCGAUCAUCGCCCAUUUGAAAGGUGGGGCUUGA